AUGGCCGAGGGGAGUGCAGCUACGGAUCAAGAACAUCUCCUGAGGAGGGUGCAGGAGCUGGAAGAGGAGGUGAAACGGCUGCAGGAGAAACUCCGAGAAGACAAGGAAAGUGUUGGGAGAAAAGAGGUUCCAACUUCUGGCAAAACCAAGAAACGUCACCAGCGGCCGUUUAAUUUUGACGCUUACGGCCGUAGACACGUGGCGUUAAAAAUCGCCUACCUGGGCUGGGGCUACCAAGGGUUUGCCAGUCAGGAGAACACCACCAACACCAUCGAGGAGAAACUCUUUGAAGCCUUGAAGAAGACAAGAUUGGUCGAUGAAAGACAAACCUCCAACUAUCACCGGUGCGGGAGGACGGAUAAAGGAGUCAGCGCCUUCGGACAGGUGAUUUCCCUCGAUCUCCGCUCGAAUCUGGUGGAGGGGAAGAAGCUCAACGGGCACGAAGGUGACUCCAAAGAUAAAAGUGAGGAAGAGGAGCUUCGUUACACCCAUAUUUUAAACAGGGUGCUCCCACCUGACAUCCGAGCGCUGGCCUGGGCCCCCGUGGAACCCGAUUUCAGCGCUCGCUUCAGUUGCCUCAAGAGAACUUAUCGUUAUUUCUUCCCCCGCGCCGAUUUGGACGUGGCCCUCAUGCAGGUGGCGGCGCAGAAAUACGUGGGGACCCACGAUUUCCGGAAUUUGUGUAAAAUGGAUGUUGCCAACGGAGUGGUCAAUUUCCAGAGAACCAUUCUCAGCGCCGGAGUAACUUGGGUGGAAAAAGGAGGAGAAGGGGAGCGGCGGGAUCCUUUCAGUCUGUGCCAGUUUGAAGUGACGGGACAAGCUUUCUUGUAUCACCAAGUACGUUGUAUGAUGGCCAUCCUCUUCCUCAUCGGGCAGAAGAUGGAGAGCCCGGAGAUCAUCGAUGAACUGCUGGAUGUGGAGAAAAAUCCCCGAAAACCACAGUACAGCAUGGCAGUGGAGUUUCCCCUCGUCCUCUACGACUGCGAAUUCGAAAACCUUCGAUGGUUUUACGACCGAGAAGUGCAGGAAUUUAACGUGACCCAUCUCCAGCAACUCUGGGCCAACCACGCCGUUAAAACUCAAGUGCUACGGAACAUGCUACGAGGGUUGGAUGAUGCUCCCGUGCCAGCUGGGAAAAGUAAGGGAUGGUUUUGUGGGAAUAUUUUGGAUGGUUUCGUGGAAGGUGUCCAGGCUCGUACCUACAAACCUUUACUGUCCCGUCCCAAGUGUGAGGGGUUGGAAGCUCGAAUCCAACAUUUUGUGAGGAGGGGACGGAUCGAAACCCCCCCAGGGUUGGAGGAAAAAGGGGACAGAGGGGAGCAGCCCCCUGAAAUCAAGAGGAGCCACCGUCACGAUGUCCUGGAACAGCCUCCCAAGCGGGUUUGUGUUGAUAUGGAGUGA